GCGGCAGCAGAGGGAGAGUGCGCGGCCGGCGAGCGGCGGAAUUCAGCGGGUCAGGCUGCACACGCGGACAGUCGAAGUAUUGGAUCGGAACCCUUCAUCCGGCCGUGUUCCCUGAUCCGAAGAGUUCCAGUUCCUACGGGCUCCAGAUUUCAUCAUCCGCAGUCUCUUGUGCAUCGAGUGUCAGAAUCAGAUUAAUUUCCGCUGACAUAUGAGUAAAAUUUGGUGUUUUGCGGCGGCAGGCCAGAAGACUCUCCACCACAGGAGCGAUGAGCUGGAGACCGUGGUCUUGGUGAACCCUACGGAAAGCACCGUCACUUCUGAGGUUCACUCCCUCGUGACAGACUCAUCCCGCCACAAGCUCUUGAUUCUGUGUGGGCAAACCACCGAGCAAGCUGGAGACCUGAUUCUACAGACCGGAACAUACACUUUUCAGAGAUUCGUCGAGACCUUUGCAGAUUCCGAGGUGACAGAACUACUGAGCAGUGCUGAAGCCGAUACCAAGGCUUGCAUCACCGUCUGUCACCCUGGCGAAGGAGAUUGGAACAACCUCAAGCAACACAAUCUCCAGGGAUUCAUCAAUAUUCAGCUGAACCCAGCGCCCACCCUGCCCGAGAUGGAUGGCGUCUCUGAAUUCACAGAGUACCUCACAGAAUCCGUCGAGGUGCCCUCGCCCUUUGACCUGCUGGAACCUCCGACCUCGGGGGGCUUCCUCAAGCUCUCCAAGCCAUGCUGCUACAUCUUCCCUGGCGGGAGGGGCGACUCGGCGCUCUUCGCUGUCAACGGCUUCAACAUCCUGGUGGACGGCGGUUCCGAGAGGAAGUCAUGCUUCUGGAAGCUGGUGCGUCACCUGGACAGGAUCGACUCAAUCCUACUGACGCACAUCGGGGCUGACAAUCUGCCCGGGAUUAACGGGCUUCUGCAGAGAAAGAUUGCAGAGCUGGACGAGGAGCAGUCGCAGGGCUCCACAACUUACAGUGACUGGAUCAAGAACCUUAUCUCCCCAGAGCUGGGCGUGGUUUUCUUCAACGUACCCGACAAACUGAAGAUGCAGGAGUCCUCCAUGAAGGUUAAGAGGAGCAUUGAAGAAGCCUGCUUAACACUACAGUACCUGACUAAACUGGGAGUCAAACCAGAGCCUCUCAAUAGGGUUGUUGGAGCUACUAUUGACCCUAUUCCACUAUUCCACAAAAUGGGAGUUGGCCGAUUAGACAUGUACAUCCUUAAUCCAGUGAAAGACAGCAAGGAAAUGCAAUUCCUAAUGCAAAAAUGGGCCGGGAACAGCAAAGCAAAGACUGGCAUCAUUCUUCCCAAUGGCAAAGAGGGUGAGAUUUCAGUCCCAUACCUCACAUCCAUCACAGCUCUGGUUGUGUGGCACCCAGCCAAUCCCUCCGAGAAGAUAGUCCGAGUAUUGUUCCCUGGCAACGCACCGCAGAACAAGAUCUUGGAAGGGCUGGAGAAGCUGAAGCACCUGGACUUCCUCAAAUACCCAGUGGCCACACAGAAGGACCUCAUUGGUGGUUUAACCCCGCCUGUGGUGAAGCAGACGAAGAUGAGGCAGAGGACGGACAGCAAAGAGAGCCUCAAGUCCUCGCCAAAGCCAGCUGCCCCCAAGCCAGUGAAAAAGGAAGAGCCCACGGAGGAGACGGUGACGAAACACCCCGAGGUUAAGGCAGAAGUGCUGAAGGAGAACAAGUUAGAAAAGAAAGAGGAGAAGAAGGGGAAAACAGAAGUGGAGAAGGCCACAACAGACAUAAUUAAAACAGAGAAGAAAAAGUUGUCCAAGGAGAAGACUGUCAAAAAACAUGCAAAAGACAAGCAGGCAAAAUCAGAAGAAAAAAAAGACAAGGAGAAAAAAGAGAUUAAAAAGGAGAAGAAAGAGGUUAAGAAGGAAGAUGUGAAAAAAGAGGAGAAAAAGGAGGCUAAGAAAGAUGAGAAGAAGAAAGAAAAGGAGGCCAAGAAGGAGUCAAAGAAACUGCUUAAAGCUGAUUUAAAGCCGUUCACUCCAGAAGUCAGAAAAACACUACACAAGGUGAAGGUGCCGGGCAAGAAAACAGAAGCCAAAGGCAAAGUUUCUAAAGGAAAAGAUGAGGUGGAGCCAAAGGCUGAGCCCACCCUGGCCAAACCAGCACCUCCAGAGCCAACAGCCGCUCAGUUACGUGAGGAGAGGUCUAUCAUGUCUUCACCAGAGGACCUAUCCAAGGACUUUGAACAGCUGAGGACUGAAGAAGCGUCCAAAGUUGAGGCUGUUUGUGUAGAGGCAGCCAAAGGUCCUGGCGAAGUGGAAGAAAUGGCUGAGGUGGAGGAGAAAAAACCUCCAGACCAGCUGAAGGCCAGCCCUGGGCAGGAGGAGAUUGCCAGACCACCUGAUGUUGACUCUAAGGCCCCUCUAGAAUCUGCAGAGGAGAUAAUCUCAGCAGCUGCAGAGGAAGUGACACCUCCAGAGGAGGAGGUCAUCCGCCAGCCUGAACCCUCGGUAGAGAAGAUCCUGGAAGAUGAAAGUGUUGCCUUGGAAGAGUCGCUGGAAAUGAGCGAGUUGGAAGAAAAAGUGGUUACGGUAAAAAAGGAUGAAGAAGCUGUCACUAAGGAUAGGUUAGAGCCCCGACGUGAUGAAGAGCCUGAGGAAUACCAGGCUGAAGAACAAGUGGCACCUCCAGAGACACUGGGAAAAGAGAUCGGAAGGAAGGAUGAAGAGGAAGAAAUGGAGAAGUGUGAGCGAUACAUUGAAUCGAUGGAGACAAGGGAGCAGGUUGAGGAAAGUGAGGGUGAAGAGGUGGUGGAGAAAGCAGAACUGGAAGAAACGGUGGAAGCCGUGGAUGAAGACAAGAAAGUAAAAGCCAAGGAAAAGGAAGGUGCACUCCACGAGGACCUGGGAGACCAGCUGCACCCCAGUGAGAAACAAGACAAGGAUGUUUUUGAGCGUGAAACACUUCCGGCUGAGAAGCAGGUUCCACUGCAAGAAGCCAAAGUAGUGAAGGCCAAGGAAGACUCAGUGCCAACACAGCUCCUGCCUGCUCCUGGACCAGCGGGCGAGCCCAUCUCGUACAUCCAGGAUGAAACCAUCCCCGGCUAUUCUGAGACAGAGCAAACUAUUUCCGACGAAGAGAUUCAUGAUGAACAAGAGGACCAAAUAUCUCACCUAAGAUACGAAGUCGACACUUAUGACAUCUCCGUGCCAGACGACACAAGGUCGUUCGAUGCCGUUCAUGGAAUGAAGGAGAUCAAGGCCAUGGCAGGAGCAGAGAUGGCAGCCAAGGGCUUUACGAGGGAGGAGCCCGAGAUAGUCAUCUAUCCCUCGGAGAUCGUUGCAGCCCCACUGGCUGAGGAAGAGCACAUCUCUUCCGCGGCUUCCAUCACCGAAUGUGAUAAGCUCUCUUCCUUUGCCACGUCCAUGGCAGAGGAUCAGUCAGUGGCUUCAGUAACGGCACCCCAGACUGAGGAGACCGGGAAGAGUUCCCUGUUGCUGGACACUGUCAACAGCAUGGCCUCCUCCAGGACAGAGGCCACCCAGGGCAGAGACUACAUCCCAUCCGCGGGCACCAUAUCCCCAACUUCCUCGUUGGAGGAGGACAAGUACUUCAAAUCGCCACCUUCUGAAGACUCUCACCCCAUUGUUGAAGUUGCCAAAAUGGAGGAGGAGGAGGAGGAAGAGGAGGACCAGACACCAAAUGUUGAGGUUCCGACUAAGCUUAAAGAGCAAUACACUGCGAUGUUCCCAGAAAAGACCGGUCCAUCUCCCUUCCUGCCAGAUGCGUUUACCACUGCCGACCAAACCAUGGAUGUUCGGGGUACUGAUGCCAAGCCUAAACACGCCCUGCAUUUCGACACAGACUUGCCAGAAAGCGACGAGAAGUGUAUCAGCCCUGACGAAAGCACAGUGAAAAUGGCCUCGCCUACUCAGUCGGGUCCCACCAGUGCAGGACACACCCCUUUCCACCAGUCGCCAGUUGAAGAGAGAACUGACUCUGUUGAGACUGAGCUGGAAGAUCAGGCAGCACAGGAAACAUCCAUAGCCACUGAGGAACCACUUAGAAGUGAAGACUUGCCGGGUUCCAGGGAGAGUCCUCUUGGUGACUUGCCACCAAAGCCCGACUCUCUCAGAGAAUCUGCUCUGCCUUGUCCACCAAGCUCUGACCUCCAGCAUCCUGAGCUGACUUCAAAAGAGGAUCUGAUGCACUCGCAGGAGUUCCGAGCAAUAGAGAAGAUGGAAAAAGAUGCCCACGAGACGGAACAUGCAACGACCGAGAAAAUGGAGAGGGAUAUUCAGGACUGGAAACCCACUCUGACCAAGAUGGAGAUCCCCGAGGAGAAACCGGCAGCUGCUGAGAGGCUUGGAGAAGGAGAGGAUGCUGCAAAGGUGGAAAAAGUGAAGAAACCUGCUGCUCCUGAAGAGGCAGAAAGACUUGUCCCAGAAUCAAAACCCGCAAAAUCUGAACCCGAAAAGACUUUGGAUCUUCUGGAACAGAAACCCGAACCUGUCGAAAAAAUAGACAAAGAGGAGCCAUCUGCCUUUACUGAGAAGAUAACUAAAGAGACUCCAGUGAAGGAACCUGCAGAUAUCAUAGAACAAAAGACAAUCUCUCUUGACGAGGGAAAGACAAAGGAGGAAGACUUGGGGAAGAUCUCUCUUGAUAUGGGAAGGAGUGAGAAAAUGGAAAGUGAGAAAAUCAGUUUGGAUGAGAGACCUGGAGAUGUUGACAAAAUUGCAGAAGAAAUGUUAGACGAGAAGUCUAUCAGUGAUAGAAAAAUUGAACAGAAGGAAAUGGAUAUCUCCCUUGAAGUUGGAAAAUGUGAGGAGGAGGAAAUGGAGAAGAAAACUGUCAAAGCUGAGCAGAUGGAAAAAGAUCUGCAGAAAAUUCCUGAAGAUAUUAGCAAAACUGAACAUGAAAUGGAGAAAAUGUCUAUUGAUGUCGGAAAGAGUGAGAAGGAAGAAUUGAAGAAAGAUGUCACAAUUCAUACAGAGAUGGUUAAAGAGGAAUUAGACACAAAACCUAUUGAUGUUGAACAUUUGGAAAAGGAAAAAGGAGCUGGUGAGAUUGAAAAGACAGUUAAAGAAGAAUUGAAGACAAAAUCUAUUGAUAAAGAUUUGGAAAAGGAAAAACGAGCUGGUGAGAUUGAAAAGACAGUUAAAGAAGAAUUGAAGACAAAAUCUAUUGAUAAAGAUUUGGAAAAGGAAAAACGAGCUGGUGAGAUUGAAAAGACAGUUAAAGAAGAAUUGAAGACAAAAUCUAUUGAUGUUGAACAUUUGGAAAAGGAAACAGGAGCUGGUGAGAUUGAAAAGACAAUAAAAGAAGAAUUGAAGACAAAAUCUAUCAAUGUUGGAGAUUUGGAAAAGGAAAAAGGAGCUGGUGAGAUUGAAAAGAUGGUUAAAGAAGAAUUGAAGACAAAAUCUGUCGACGUUGAAUAUUUGGAAAAGGAAAAAGGAGCUGGUGAGAUUGAAAAGAUGCUUAAAGAAGAAUUAAAGACAAAACCUAUUGAUGUUGAACUUUGGGAAAAGGACGAAGGAGCUGGUGCGAUUGAAAAGAUGCUUAAAGAAGAAUUAAAGACAAAACCUAUCGAUGUUGAACUUUGGGAAAAGGAGGAAGGAGCUGGUGCGAUUGAAAAGAUUGAUCACAAGUUGCCUGAGGAGAAAUCUAUUGAGAUUGGAAAGACUGAAUCUGGGAAAUCAGAGAAAAUAACUACAGAUGCUAGUAAGAUUGAGAAAGAACUGGAAAAAAGACAUGGAGAUGUUGGAAUGAUUGAAAAAGAGGAGCUGGAAAAGAAGAUUGGAGACAAGGAAUUGGAGAAAAUGUCUAUGGUUGUUGGAAAGACUGAGGAAAUGAAGAGUGAGAAAGAGGAUUGGGGAAAAGUGCCAGGAGAUGUUGUGAAGACUGAACCAGAGAUGUUAGAGAAGAAAUGUAUUGAUGAUGGCAAGGUUGAAGAUAAGGAGCUGGCAAGGAUUACUAUGGAUGUCGUCAAAAGUGAGAAAGAGGAUUUGGAAAAGAGAUCUGGAGAUGUUGGAAAGAUAGAUCAAGAGAUAGUGGAGAAGUCUAUUGAUACCAAAGUUGAACACAAAGAAUUUUUAGAGAAGAUCUCAUUUGAUGUUGGUAAGAGUGAGAAAGAUGAUUUGGAAAAGAGACUUGGAGAUAGGGAAAAGACUGAACAAGAAAUUUUAGAGAAGAAAUCUGUUGAUGAUAUUGAACACAAAGAGUUGGACAAGAUCUGUGUGGGUGUUGGAAAGAGUGAACAAGAGGAGCUGGAGACAGAAUCACCAGACACUGCUAAAGUAUCGAGAGUGGACCUAGAGAGCGAACUGGGAAAGAAAGUUGAAGAUGUUGAAAAGAUGGACAAAGAGCUUCCAGAGAAAAAAGUUCUAGAUGCCAUAAAGAAAGAUGAAGACAUCUUGCAGACAAAACCAGCAGAUGUUUUGGAGAGUGGAGUUAUAGACUUAGGAAAAUUGGAAAAAGGCCCAGAGAAGAAACCUGCAGAGAUUGAGAAGGUGGAAAAGUAUGGGUUAGAAAUGGAACAAAUAGCAGAAAAAUUACAAGCUACAACAACAGAAAAAUACCCCGUUGCUGAUUUGGAAAAGGGGUAUACACCAACUGAAGAUGUCCAUUUUAAAGCUGACUACUCUCCAGCUACAACUGAAGUCGAUAUAACAGAAAAAUAUAUCACUGAGAAACAAGACCAACUGAAAGGUCAAGGAGAAAGAAUAGCAGAGGCAGCAUAUUCAUCAGAAGAUCAAGAUCUUCCUGAUGUUAUGGAACUAAUACCAACUGCUGGGAAGCUGAAAAGCAAGGAAGAAAUUUCUAAAGAACCUCUCCCUAAAGACAUGACAUUAGCAGACCAGAAGGACAAAAUGAGUCCUGUAGAACUGAAAGACGAAAAUUUACUGAACAAGCUGUUAAUAUCGGAACCUUCGCUGUAUCUGAAAGAUGAACUCGAGGGCCAGGUAGUGGAUAAAGCAGAAUCUGUCUGUGUGCCUGAAGAUGUCACCACAAAACCAGAUACAUGGGAACCCCUUGUUGGACGCAAGAGCUCCAGAGGAGACGAGGUGUCCCCUUCAGAGACAGAGGGACUAUCAAUAGGCAAAGCAGAGUUGGUGAGCACUGACUCAAAGCCUGUGGUCGAUUACAGCAAGUGGAAUCCCCCUUCCUAUGAAUCUCAAUCCUAUAUGCAGGAAGAAUCCAGGGUUAGCAGUGCUCUGCCCCACACGCCAUCUCCCGAGGACUGGCCAGCUGAGAAAUUCACGGGUGAGGUUCGACUAGCUGGGAGUGGAGAUAAAGAAAAAGGCAGUGAAGUUCAGUAUUCUUACUACACAGAUGAAAAGUCUUGCUCUGGGUUUGACUACUCUUGGUCUGUUGAGCCAGGAAGCAGCCAGCUUCCACCUGCCUCUGACAGUGCCUUUGAGAAGGAGCGGGACCUCUCUCUGGAGUCAAAGCCUUUAACUACACCUUUCCCACAAUCUGAGGACUUGUGGACAGGGGCAGAGUCAAAGCUCACUGCUGUGUCCACCACUGUAGUGACAGCUCUGGACACAGCAAAAGAACCAGCAGGCGAGAAGGAAACGAAGAAGUUGGAUGUCCUUCCUGGAGAAGCCCUGAGAAAAGAAGAGAAAACUUCUCAGGAGCAGGCCUACCCUCCACCGGACGGGAGUCUGUACACAUCCGUGUUCAAGGAGAGUGAAGCCUUGACAGGUGGAAAGGAUUUUGCACUUGGUGAACAAGCCUACGGCUGUACAAUGCAUCCUCCUAGUGAACAGCAGGCAGUUUCCUUCACUCAGUUGGAUUACCAGUCAGUGACCUGUUCAGAGGCAAAAUGGAACAGUUUUGGGCUUGUUGCCGGGGAAAGCUACACUGGCACUUCAGUAGGGGGAGACAAGGACGCAGGUACUGAGGUGAAAGCAUUCAGUUACUCUGAGGUGGAUGAGAAGAGCAAGCUCCCGGGGCUUGAGGACCUCUGCAAGUCACAAAAGGAGGUUGAGCCUCUUGCGUUCCAUCAGCUAUCACAGCCACUGGACACACCAUUCGGGGUGGCCUGGGAACCCAGAGAGGCAGAGAAAGAAGCCACGCUCCGCAUGUCACCGUCAGAAAAGGAACCCUCCCAGCACAGCCCCCUGGGCAAGGAGCAACCAACACACGCGACAACUGAAACGAGGACUGAGAGGCCGCUGGGAUAUUCCCAAAUUCCAGAACUUCCCUCGCCCCUCGCUCCAUCAGCGAAAGGUGUCCCAUUGACUGAUGCCGAGGACAAGUCGCAUUCUGAGCUGAAGCUGGAGCCCAGUUUGGGCGAAGGAACCUCAGACUCUCUCAGCCCUAUGUCUCCCGAAGGAAGGAAGACUUUGGCCCUAAGCAGCCCGGAGUCCAAAGACAGCUCUUCCUCCUCGCUAGUGUACACAGAAGGGCCCCACAUUGACUCUAGCAUGUUUGGGACCAGUGCAGCCAAGCAGAAAGCACCAGAGUCGAGUGUCCUGGAAUACUAUGGGAAGGAAGCGGGUGAGAGCAGUAGUGACUCCGAACUGGAAAAAGGUGCCAAGGACAAGUCAGAGAAGGAGCAGCCCAAAGGGGAAAAGGGAGCGAGCUGUCUACAAGCAGAUCUAGAUUGGAGGGCUCGCUCCCCCAGCCCCCAGCCCCCUUGGACACAGCAACACCAGCUGGAGCCCACGUUGCCAGGAACUGCGGAACAGCAGCCACGGGAGCGGAGUCCAGCAAAGUCUGAGGAGGAACAGCUCUCUCUUGGCCACCAGGAUCCAGGCAUCCUGACUCCCAGUCACCACAAGGGAGCCCUGCAGAGCUUUCCCUGUGGACUGGACUACCCCUGCACCAAAGCAGCAGAGGAGGAGGAGCAUUCCAAAGUUCCUUCCAGUCCUUCCCACACACCAUCUCCUGAGGACCCACCAAGCGAGAUUUUUACAGGAGAGAUUGCCAAAGUUGCAAAGGUGGAGGGGCAAGAUCCCAGCAAAGCCAAACCCCAGGAGGGGCAAUUUGAGCAAUGGGGCCCUGAUUCCCUUGGCCUAGGCCAGGGACUCCUAACCACCCAGCAGGAGCUCUGGACAGUCAGUGCCAAACAUUCCUGCACAGACAAGGAGGAGAAACCCUCUGCUGCUACCUUGGAAUAUUCUUCCUUGGCCAAGGAGAAGUUGUCUGCAGUUCCUCUCCCCACAGAAGGCCUGAAGGACAAAUAUUUGGAAGUAUCCCAAGAUGCCUUUGCUCCAAGCCCCACCCAGGACCUUGCUCCCUCCUCACCUGGACCAGCCCGUGAUCAGAGUGCCAGCGACUCAUCAGGGAGUGGGCCUGCAGUGGAGGGGACCAGUUCCCAAGGGUCUGUUGAGGGGUUGCACCUGACCCUCAAGGCUGGAACCCCAGCAAGGAGUCUGGAUGAAGUGUCACCCUUGGUUCCUGCGGACAAGGCCGUAUGCCAGGCUGCUGAAGCCGAGGAGGUGACCCUGGUAGAACACAGCCCGGCCUAUCUGUGUGACAUUGAGGACUCCACCUUGUCCUGCAGGGUCGAGUGCCAGGGGUCAGCCCCUAAAGCAGAAGCUGAAGAUUUGGGAGGGGAUUUCCAGACUGCCAAGCCUGGGCCAGGAGCAGGAGGCCCAACUGAGCGCCAGGCCCCAGGCUUGCCACCUCCCCUGGCCACACCAGAAGCCAACGGGCCAACAGAGACAGGUUUUGCCUCAGUGCCAGCCUGGAGCUCGCUGGGCCAGGAAAGGGAUGCAAGCACCGGCCUGGAUUCAGCCUCGAAGAUUGAGCUAGCAGCCCGGCCAUCUUCACUUCCUCCGUCCCAGGGGAUGACACUACGGCCCUCAGAAGGGUCUGGACCUCAGCCCAGAGGCACUGGGUCUAGCUUCUCCUGCAGUGACCACAAGCUCCUGAAGGGUGAGCUGUCGCCAUCCUUCAUUAACCCCAGUCCACAGCUGGAAAUGGAGGAGGACAUUCACCCUCAGGCCACAAGUAGAGGGGUGGAGGAUACCUGGAGGCCGGAAGUCCCAGGGCAACUGCGCCCUGAUAGUCCACCCACUUCUGGCAGCGAGUCACCACCCCUCAAUUCUGACUCGGACGUGCCACCUGAGACAGAGGACUGCCCCUCCAUUACAGCUGAGGGGCCCAUAGACUCGGACGAGGACGGUGACUUCCUGCCAGUGGACAAAGGCACUGGCGCCGCACCCCACCCGCGGCCAGGUCCUGACCCUCUGCCCGCCCCUGCCGCGGACCCCCAGCCCCAGCCUCCACCACCUGACGUCUGCAUGGUGGACCCCGAGGUGCUAGGUGGUGAUCCGGGCCGGCUGCUGAGAAAGGAGCUGAAAGACAAGGCCAAGGGCACCAGGAAGACGGCCAAGUCCAAGGCAGCCUCACCAGGCCGCAAGGCCGACAGCAAAGCCAAGCACCCCGCCACUCCUGCCAAGUCCGCCUCACCCAAAGAGCCCGGUGAGAGGUCGCCGAAGGCAUCAGCCAGCAAGAAGAAGGAGAGGGAGGCAGCUGAGAAACCGACUCGAGCCUCCAAGGCCGGUGAGACUCAAUUAUCCCGGGCUGAGGACAGGGACGACGUCUCCAGGUCCAGCCAGCCCAGCCCAGGCAAGGCGCUGGUGAAUGGGAUCAAGUCCACCUCAGCUCCCACCAAUACCAAGAGCAGCUCAGGAGUCCCCGCGGGCCCUCCUGUGUAUGUUGACCUGGCGUACAUUCCCAACCACUGCAGCGGGAAGAAUGUCGACCAGGAAUUCUUCAAGCGUGUACGAUCCUCCUAUUACGUGGUGAGCGGGAACGACCCUGGAAGUGGAGAGCCGAGCCGGGCCGUGUUGGAUGCCCUGUUGGAUGGGAAGGCCCAAUGGGGGAACAACCUUCAGGUGACGCUAAUCCCGACCCACGACACGGAAGUCACGCGUGAGUGGUACCAGCAGACCCACGAGAGGCAGCAGAACCUAAACAUCAUGGUACUGGCCAGCAGCAGCACCGUCGUGAUGCAGGACGAGUCGUUCCCCGCAUGCAAGAUCGAGUUCUGAGCUCCAGCCAACCUCGAUCGGCGGCCCGCGGGAGAAACCCUGCUUCAUCAUUCCAUUCCUCCACUAAUCGUUUCUUUAAUUAGGUUCAUUUAAGGCUAGAUUUGCAGCUUACUGCUAAGGAAACAAUUGAUAGUGUGAGUGCAUUGACCUCUCCCCCUCGUGAAUAGGGGACUAGUUUGGAGACCAAUUUGCUAUUCAGAGUGGCUGUUUGCUUGUAAUUCAUCUCGUAUAUGUUGUGACUGGAAUUGGGACUCUGUUGGUGUGACAGAUGAAGUUUUCAUUAGAAGGUUUCGUCCCACUGCUCGAUUUGAGGGCCACCAGCCGAUGAUCCAGUUCGCUGGCUCCACAGCUAGUAUGCUUUUUGUGGGUAAGGGUUCUUUUGCCUCUGAGGGACCUUAAUGUUGGAACACGUUUUGCGAGAGAAAUCUUCAAUCUGUCCUACGUUUCCCGGUUCCCAUAGCAAGCACUGCGGUACUCCAUCCUCGUCUUCAGCCAGCCCAGGGGCAAAGAGCAACUCAAGCCCAGUGAAGCUGCAGAAGGGACAUCCUAUUUGGGCUGUGCCUGAUUUCACACUCCCCGCAGUCUCCAAACUGCCCAGAGCACACAGGGUUGCCCCAGUAAUAAGGCCAGCAAUGGCAGGUCUUCGAUGGGGAGUCAAUGUUAUUGGGUGCAAGUAUAAAAGGCAGGGCUGUUGGGUGUUGGAGGGCGGCCCAGACUAACUGCAUGCUGGACAUCUCUUGCUUGGGUUCCAAGGGACCUGCUGAUUUUUUUUUUGUCCAUUGCCCAUGCUUCUCUCAAAGCAACAACUGAUAAAACCUGUUUGAGAUGAUCCAUGCAAGGAAAUGAAGGCACUUGCCAAACAAUCAGACACUUUAACCAUUUGCCGUGGAUUACAAUGUAAACUGUGAAUGAGACUCUGAAACAAUAGCAAUCCAUUGUAUUUAAAGAGACAGCAUCCUGUUAAAAAUGAUGGGACGUCAAAACUAUUCCUGCACUAGAUAGACAACGAACUUGGAAUAAAGACCAAUUCACUAUAUUUGUACCUAUAGAUUAAUUUAAAUUGUGUAAUGAAAUUCUGAGUUGUAUAAAGAAUUGUGAUGCGUGA